AUGAUGGCCGCAUCUGUGAUUCAAAAUGGAGCCGGUCAUAUGAACGCAGAGGAAACGUUUGAACUAUGCAAGACGAAGCUGAUUUGCGCUUUGAAGGAGAAAGAACCAACAUUUGCUGAAGUUGAGCGUCUAUUAGCUGAAACUCGAGUUUCAGGACAGGUUUCUAUCUUCCAGAUCUUUGGAGAAGGAAUAAGGAGUCCGAGGAAUGGAGGAACUGCGGGAAGACUCGACGGAGUGGAUGCCUGCAAUCCGAUGAAUGCGCUGAAACUCGAAGGCGGUCUCUGGGAUGCGCAUUUGGAGAUUAAUGGUCGGUUCCGGAAAUGGCUAUCUAAUAUCCAGGAAGAUGAGAAAAAGGGCAAAAAACGGCCUGUUGAGAAGCGCAAACUUAUAAAUCGCUAUUCAAAGUUCAUCAAGUCGAGUCAGGAAUUUUACGAAGAAUACAUAUACCGUCUCCUAGAGGACUUUAAGGCCUAUCACAUCCCUGAAUUCGAAGAAGUUGCAAGGCGGAAAGGAUAUCUAUUUGAAAAGGAGGAACUCCCGAGCUCUACCGAAAUGUUGGAUGCCCAGCUAAAACGCGCAGUGCUCUCGUCGUGUCAUGCUACUCUUAUCAGACUUGGAGAUCUCGGACGUUACUAUCAGACCGAGCUGGUGGAUCAGUCAAAGAAGAAUUGGGAGCGUGCAACGAAAAAUUACCUGAUGGCCUCGUUGGUGAAUCCAAACUCCGGCAACCCAUUCAAUCAGUUUGCUGUUAUUGCACUUGCUGAAGAGGAGCACUUAGAUGCCGUGUACUACUUAUAUCGAGCGCUCUCAGCGCAAGAGCCUCAUCCUAACGCUCACAAAAACUUGACCAAGGAAUUCAAAAAGAUUCUAGCUUUGAAGAAAAAAGGGGAACAAUCAACCGCAAACGACCCUCAAACAAUUUUGGUCAACUCCUUCAUACACCUCCACGCCCAAUGCUACCAGGGAGAUUCUCCUGAACAUGAGGAACGUGAAAAUGAGAUUAUGCGCCAGGUUACGGUUGAUUUGAAAGAAAAUGUUCUUGAACAUCCCCUGUUGGAAAAAUGUGCUCUUAUCAAUAUCGCUUCUGAAAGCAACGCAAAGGAUGUAAAUGCCGAGGUGUUUCUACGAAGGCUGAACGUGAAGUUCUUCUUUACCCUUCUUCAAGUUUUCCUCGCUGAGCUUGAAUGCUCUGCAGACAAGGUGACUUCGGUUGCCUACUCGAUCCUUCCAGCCUUGCGUCACUAUAGUAGUUGGUUGCUCGUCAAUAGCCCGGUCUUGGUUUCCGCCCCUGAAACAAAAGAUAGCCCGUUAUGCAUACAGAUCAAAGAGCUCUGGAAGAGUUAUGCUAAUGCGCUGACCCUACUCACCUCCACCUUCGAUGUUGCCAACUUGCCUGAGGUUGAAUACCUCCUUGAAGAAGAUGAGAAUACCCUUGGGUUCAAACCUUUCGCAUAUGAGAGUACUAUGAGACGUUACGGGCCUCCUGGAGCAACGAAACCCAGGCGAUUGCAUACAGAAACUUCAACUUCCAACAACACGGAUAUGUUAUUUCGAAUUCGCGAAUUUGUGAUUGACGGUCUUGAUCUCGUAGUACAUGAAAAGAUUCCGAUAGUGAUGGUGGACAAGGAGGAUGCCAAAUUAUUCGUUUACAAAGAGGAGGGACUCCCACAAUUUUCAACCCCUCGCAACCUAGCCCAUAGACAUGGCCACACCCUUUCUUCCACCAGCAUUGACCGGGAUGAAAUACAACAGCCAGCCCCUUCUUCGGGUGCAUUGGAGGAUGGAGCGUCUAUAUCGGGUUCAGUGUCAAUGCAUCGAAUGGUCGAUAACCUGGUCGAGUCAGAACCAGCUGAAAGCUUAGCAGAUGUCGAUAAUAACCCAUCAUACUAUGCUUCGCUCGAUUCGACUCACCGGCGGAGCAUUGUCCGUCAAGGGUUUGAAGGCACCAUCUCGGGAACCCAAGGGCCAGCGCAUGUCCAGUCCUAUUCUCCGGGACCACCACUUCCAAGCAUAAUGAACACUGCAUUCGCACCUCAACCUGGCGAAGCUAUGUCUCCAACAAGCCGCCCAUCUACAGCCAUACCUUCAGCUUCUCCUCAGAUACUGCCAGCGGGUGGAAAUACUGUUUCCCCUUUCCUUGGCUCACUUGGUUCGUCUGCCUUUGCACACUCAAGCUCCUUUGUCCCCACUCCUGUGGAUGACUUCUCGAGUAGCUUAUCAUACAUGCAAACACCACGUCUCGGUAAUAUCACCAGCCAUAUUAAUGGAACAUCCUUCUUCGGCGUUCAACCGUCGGAGUACAGUACCAGCUACAGUCAGGCCCAACUUCCUCAGCUGUACACCUCAUCUCCAUACCUUGGAAGUAUGCAGUAUCCGGGAAGCCGCAACUAUGCCGGAGCCAUCGGCGAGCAAACACCACCUAAUGGGCAAGGAGGAUGA